GAAGGAAGCACAGGCACCCCAGGCAGCAGAGGAAAAUGGCUGAGUACUUGAGGCUGCCUCACUCCCUGGCGUUGAUCCGCAUCCGAAACCCGCCGGUCAACGCGAUCAGUCCAGCGUCCCUCUAUGGAAAUAAAAGAAGACUACAGAAAGCUGUAUCAGACCAUCAAAUAAAAGGAAUACAAAUAGUUCUUCUGAACUCUCUGUUCUUGUGUUUGUGUUUUUUAGGUGCUGAUAUCCAUGGCUUCAGCACUCCUCAGUCGUCUGGCACUAGACUGGGAGAUUUAGUAGAUGAAAUGCAGAGAAAUAAGAAGCCCGUGGUGGCAGCUAUUGAAGGCAUGGCUUUCGGAGGGGGACUAGAGCUGGCCUUGGGCUCUCACUAUAGGAUUGCCCAUGCACAGACUGAGACUGGCUUCCCAGAAGUCACACUGGGAAUCCUUCCUGGAGCAAGAGGAACCCAGCUUCUCCCCAGACUCAUUGGAAUUCCUGCAGCACUUGACUUAAUCACCUCAGGAAGACGUAUUCUGGCAGGUGAAGCACUCAAGCUGGGUAUUCUAGAUACAGUUGUGAACUCUGACCCUCUUGAAGAAGCAAUCAAAUUUGCCCAGACAAUUUUAGAUCAACCUCUAGAAUCCCGCAGAAUCAUGAACAAGACAGUUCCAAACGUGCCCAACAUGGACGCCAUUUUCAGUGAAGUCUUCGCCAAGGUGCGGAAGCAGUACCCUGGCUACAUUGCCCCGGAGACUUGCAUCCGUGCAGUCCAGGCCUCCGUGAAGCAUCCCUAUGAAGUGGGCAUCAAGAAGGAGGCAGAGCUCUUUAAGUACCUUCAGGAAUCAGGGCAGGCUAGAGCCCUGCAGUAUGCUUUCUUUGCUGAAAGAAAUGCAAACAAGUGGUCAACUCCAUCUGGGGCAUCUUGGAAAACAGCCUCAGCAAGACCCAUCUCCUUGGUUGGAGUUCUUGGCUUGGGCACAAUGGGCCGUGGCAUUGCCAUCUCUUUUGUAAGGGCUGGGAUCCCUGUGAUUGCUGUGGAAUCAGACCCAAAGCAGCUAGAAGCUGCACAGAAGGUAAUAACUUCUGUCUUGGAGAAGGAAGCAUCCAAAAUGCAGCAGAGUGGCCAAGCUUGGUCACAACCAAACCUCAGUUUCACUUCCUCUACAAAGGAGCUUACUGGUGUAGACUUAGUUGUUGAAGCCGUAUUUGAGGAUAUGAACCUGAAGAAGCAGGUCUUUGCCGAACUGUCAGCCGUGUGCAAGCCAGAAGCUUUUUUAUGCACCAAUACUUCAGCCCUGGAUGUAGAUGAGAUUGCUUCUUCCACUGAUCGUCCUCAGCUGGUGAUUGGCACCCACUUCUUCUCACCAGCUCAUGUCAUGAGGCUGCUGGAGGUUAUUCCCAGUCGAUUCUCUUCCCCAACUACCAUUGGCACUGUUAUGAACAUAUCCAAAAAGAUUGAGAAGAUUGGGGUGGUUGUAGGCAACUGUUACGGAUUUGCUGGGAAUCGGAUGUUGAGUCCAUAUUACAACCAGACAUACUUCUUGUUAGAGGAAGGAAGUAGGCCAGAGGACAUAGAUAGGGUGCUGGAGGAGUUUGGUUUUAAAAUGGGGCCCUUUAGAGUGUCUGACCUUGCUGGGUUGGAUGUCGGUUGGAAAGGUCGCAAGGGUCAAGGUCUUACUGGACCUGCAUUGCCUCCAGGAACUCCUGCCCGAAAGAGGGGCAAUAUAAGAUAUUGCCCAAUUCCUGAUAUCCUUUGUGAAUCAGGACGAUUUGGUCAGAAGACAGGGAAGGGCUGGUAUCAAUAUGACAAGCCAUUGGGUAGGAUUCACAAGCCUGAUCCCUGGCUUUCCAAGUUCCUGUCACAGUACAGAGAAACCUAUCACAUUAAACCACGUGUCAUUAGCCAGGAUGAGAUCCUGGAGCGCUGCUUGUAUGCACUAAUCAAUGAAGCAUUCCGUAUCUUGGGAGAAGGGAUAGCUGCCAGCCCAGAGCACAUUGACGUCAUUUACUUGCAUGGGUAUGGGUGGCCAAGGUACAGGGGUGGGCCCAUGUUCUAUGCAUCCACAGUUGGGUUGUCCACUAUUCUAGAAAAGUUGCAGAAGUAUUACAGGCAGAAUCCUGAUAUUCCCCAACUGGAGCCCAGCAACUACCUGAAAAAGCUGGCUGCCCAUGGAAACCCUCCGCUGAAAGAAUGGCAAAGGUUGGCAGGAACCCCCAGCAGUAAACUGUGAUUCAGCCUUCUGGGUUUGUCUCUUGUGCUGGCAUCCAGGAAAACUCACUGAAUUUCAGUGAGACUAAAUCCAAAAUUCCUAAGUAAGAUUGUUCUAAAUGCAAAGCAAAAUAAUGAUGAUAAUAAUAAUGACAAUAAUAACAGGAGGAGAAAGAGAAGUAUCAGUUAAACCUCCUCUUGGAUCUUUUUCUCGAUGAUUUGAAUGGGUCACAUGUUUAGGCAUGUGCUUCCUGUGCCUCCAAAUGUUCUCCUAUCAGAUCAAUUCAGUGAAUAAACUAUGUUAUGAACAAUCAUGAUAGCUGAUGAGUGAGCUUCGGGAAUAAGUUGAGGUCCCCAAGAGUUUUGAUCAUUAGAGAACUAUGCUGAUGAAUACGUAAUUAACUCAUUUUGACCCCUUCAACCUCACAUACAUUCACUUGCACCAUCUGAGAGCACAUAGCAGAGGGUCCAAGUCCAGAGGGUCAUUAGCUCAGCAUGCAAUCCUGUGCUCAAGUUCAAUCCAUAGUCUUGGAGGUAGAGUAAAGAUGGUUAUCAGGACAGAGUUAGCAGUGAGGGUCUGCAUGAGGGUACAUAGAAAGCUGCCCAUAUAGAGGAAGAUGUGGUAGCUAGAACACAUGAAACACAGUUGAGAAGUGGUGAGGGGACCAAGUACUUCAUACCAACAUGGGUGCACUGGGACAGGUUGGCAAGCCUGCUCCACAUAACUUCUUUCUGAGGACCCGUCAUGUCCCCAGUUGUAGUGCUGCUUGCAAAGGGCUCAGUAAUGUUUCUUGAUCAUUUCCCCAAACCAGGGAAUGUCUGCAACUUGGUCUUUGUAUUCUUUUCUAUUCAAGGACAUGCAAUAGAAAUUAGUGCUAACUUAGUAUAAGAAGGGAUCUUAGAGAAUGUCCAGCCUCAAGGAUUUCUUAAUCCUGCAAUUGAGUAAAGACACCAGUCCUUGUCAUGACAAACCUUGGUGAUUUUGCAUAUGGAGAUGUGUAAUCUUAAUACAUCUAAAA